AUGUCACGUAAAAACGAUCGAGCGAAAAAGACUGAGCUUGCAGAGAAGGUAAAAGAGAUACAAAUGCGACAGAAAAACUGGUUUAAAGAACGUGAAGCACAUUUGGAAGGAAAAAGGAACUCUCCUCCUGUCAAAGACCUAACCGACAAUAGAACAUCCAAGAAGGAGGAUCAAAAUCUUUCGACUAAAAGUAGAACUGGAACAGGUGAAUUUCAUCUUCAAGAUAAACCAAGAGUAUCUGAGAAAUCUGUUGCUGCAUUAGGUAGUAGAGUACAACCUAAGGGGAAAUUCAAACACUGGUUAGAAGCCAGAGAGUUGAAGAAAGGAAAAGAUGAAGAGUUGGAUGAGAACAGAGAAUCUGUUAAUAUUCUAAGAGUAUCCAGUUCCAGAAGCCCUGAAUUUGCUAGUCCAGAGUCUGAUUACUAUGACAAUCCAAGGACCACAGGUUCCUCACAGGGAGAACCAUACAGGACUUUUAGUGAGAGGACAGGGAGGGAAGCCAUGAAUACGUUGAUGUCCCACCAGGAUUUUGAUGCUCUAGCAGACAGUAUUGUAGCCAGGGUCAGACAGGGUAUUAACAUGGACAGUCGUUCUGGAGAGGAUACACAUGUCUGGCCAAAAGGCAUAACUCCUACGCAAUCAUCUGUCCAGAACAGGGGCCUAAAAGGUCACAGAGAGGCCAAAACAAGAGAUAGAAAUGUUCAUAAAGAUGUUGAUACAUCAAGUCAUCACUGCCCUUGUUGUCGACAUCUGAUGUUGCCACCAAGUAAUGCACCCUUAAUCAACAUCCCAUGUGGCCAUAGUGUCUGUGAGAAAUGUUGUGAGAGGACUGAGCUCUGUCCAUCAUGUCAUUGUCAUGUGACCACAAAGACAUGUAACUUAAUGCUGCUACAGAUUAUUCAAGGAUACCACAAGGAAAAGUCUAGAAGAAAUGAGCUCAAUCAUGCAACAAAGUCAUACAGUCCAGAGAACUACAAUGAGAAACAUUCUUUGAGUUCUAAAUCAUACAGAGAACAGCAGGAGAACUUGAUAGCCCGACAGGAUGUGAUGCUAACCGAGGCUGAAAGCAUAAAAGGCAAAAUGGAAAAACUAUCAGAUCAAAUACAUAGGCAACAGCGACAGGUACAAAGUAUUUCCCAGGAAGAAACUAAGAUAAGAAAGCAGAUAAAAGAGUUAGAAGACAAGUUACAACAGCUGACAUCACACAGGGAGGCAUAUUCCCAGGAACAGGAUCAGCUUCAGGGAAAGUACAACUCUGAAGCCAACAGACUGAAUCUAAUAAAGGAAACACUUUUAACACUGGAAAUAGAGAUAGAGAAGGUUCAGCUGCUUGCAGAGGAAAGGUGAUUGAUAGACUUGUGUUCCAGAUGACCAUUCUAAAUAACAGAAAUAUAGUGUGACAGUGUUCCUGAGAGUUA